AUGGUUGAUCUACCGGUGCAAUCGUUACUGAAAGGGUGUUAUGGCCGGUAUUGGGCUGUUGUCCUCAAAGUCGUAACUAACAUAAGACGUGGUUUGCUAGGCAAACCGAGUUUUAAAAUUGUUAGACAUAUCGCUAAGUACUAUCUCAAUUUUCACGCCCCGCAACUGGACUACUGGUGCGCCGACAAUACAACUAUUCAUAAUACUUUGCAUACGAAAUAUAGUGAUAAUGCAAGUGAUGUUUGCGAUACUGACUGUAAUCACUGGGAGUUUGAUGAUAGUUAUGGCACUACUAUUAUACAAGAGUUUCAAUUAGUUUGCGACAAAUCAUGGUUACCCUCAUUAUCGCAGUCUAUCUACCAAUCGGGUUACGCCGUAAACGGCUUAAUACUAGGCUAUCUAUCAGAUAGGUUUGGUCGACGACCGGUGCUUUGGUUAGCCAUUAUACUGGAAAUAUGUGGGGGACUUUCAGUCAUAUUCUCGGGGUCUAUGACCCAGUACAUUAUAAGUAGAUUUUUUCUCGGUUUGGGUGAUAGCGGACGUGGAACACAAAACACAGCCAACGUCCAAAAGCACCGGACGAUACUGGACCUACUGUCCCACCGACUGAUGCGGAACUAUACCCUUAUAUUCUGGUUCUCAUUCGCUGUGAACGCAUUCAUAUAUCACGGAAUAUCGCUGAAUGUGCAACAAAUCGGCGGUAAUCUGUACGUCAACUUAUACUGUCCCACCGACUGA